CUCUCUGCUGGGUGGUAUCCUGUUAGAAUGACAGAGAGAGAAAGGAGGAUUUUGAUAUUAGAUUAUAAUAUAAAAUAUAAAUCGCUUCAUGUUCUCCAAUGCUUCUCCUCUUCUUAGGCUAAUGGUUGCCAUGGGGAUAUUCUCAUAGUGACAAAUUAAAUCUGUUUCUGAUUACUUAUUUGUUGUUUGUCUUUUGGCAAUAAGUAGUUUGUACUUGCUUCUUAUAAAGGAAGAUUAAAUUAAUUAAAUCAAAGUGAUGGAGAGAGAGACAGGGUGGUGGAGAGAGAAACAGACAGACACAUCACUCAUCACACAUCACUACAUCUCUCAUUUGAAUUUAAAAAAGAUACAAAUAAUAAUAAUAACAAUAAUAAUUUUAAUACAUUUUUUUGAACGCAGCCAAAGUCUCUGAGUCCAUGACUUAAAAGAGUCUGAGUUCAUAUGUAAGAUAUAGAUUCAAUAUUUUGUUCACAUACUACAGUGAGAGAAAUGUUGGGGUUGUUUACAUGCUUCGAUGAAUAGUCAAUUCUGAUUUGUUAAUCACGACAUGAUAGUCUGUUUUUAUCCCGAGUAGGAGAGAACUGCUAUGAAUAACAGACUGUUGGUAUGGACAUCGUUUAUUUAGGGGUGCAAUGAAAUUAUUUUAAAUUAUUUACUGUGUCCAAGUAUUGAUUAAUGUAGCACAAGUAUAAGAGACACAACAUGUUGAGUCCUGCAUCAAACGUUUAUUUAGUUUUGCAAUAAUACCCUGCUUGCUGUACCUCAUGCGUUACAUGUGUGUGAGUGGCUUCGGUGUGUGGAUGUGAGGAUGUGAAAAACAUGGCCGCCUCUGAAGGCUUGUGGACUUUAACAGCAGUGAAGGAGCGUGGUUACCAAUUCCUUGUCCUCCCUGCCCACCCACCCUCCUUUAUUUCCGUGUUUCUUAAAAUGUCUUCCAUGUCGUAUGAAUACCUUUGUCACAAUCUGAUGAAGGACCCAAAUGCAGCACUCGAGAAACCAAAGACUAUUGGUAAUAUACUUUAUUGGUAUUACCAGAGCAGAGGGAUACCAGCAGAACAGUAACAGCCGGGGGACGUGCAGGCAAGCGAACCAGAGGACAGCAGGCAGAAGAUCGCCAGUCUCUCCUCCGUCAUGGAGAGCUCCAUCACUCUCUGGCAGUUUCUGCUGCAGCUGCUCAUCGACCAGAGCCACCAACAUCUGAUCUGCUGGACGUCCAGCGACGGAGAGUUCAAGCUGCUGAGGGCAGAGGAGGUGGCCAAGCUGUGGGGGCUGCGCAAGAGCAAGACCAACAUGAACUAUGACAAGCUGAGCCGAGCCCUGCGCUACUACUACGACAAAAACAUUAUAAAGAAGGUGAUCGGCCAGAAGUUUGUCUACAAGUUUGUGUCCUUCCCUGAGAUCCUUAAGAUGGACCCUGCAGCGGUGGAGUCAGGCCACAGUGAGGGAGGUGGGGGGGGGCUGUCAGAGCCUGAGGCUGAAGACGAGGAUGGGGGUGGGAGGAACCAGUACCACCUCUCAAGUCUGUACUCCUCCUUCCCCGUCAGCUCCCUGCAGCCCCCCUUAGAACCUCAUCGUCCCAUCAAGACAGAACCCAGAGCUGAUCGCCAUCGCGACAACUCCUCUGUCAUCAGAUUCGUAACAAACCGUGGCCACUCCUCCCUACCCCCCACCCCACCCCCAUCCUCAACUGAGACCUCUGAUUUCUCCAGACCAUCUCCUCGGCUGGCCAGCUCCUCCUCCUGCUGCUCCUCCCCACCACAGAGCCCCGCCCACACACAGUGGAGAGGGCGGAGCUCAGAGACUGAUGAGUUAGAGCUGACUGCUCAGCCUCUGAACCUGUCCUCUGGGCAGAGGGAGAGAGUGAGGUUGCAUGGUGCACCAAUGCCAGAGAGGAUUAGAUUGGCCAAUAGACGAAAACACAAAGGCUUGGAAAUCUCUGCCUCCUCUCUCCUGCUGACAGGAAGUGACCUCGUCUCUAUUGCUCUCAACAGCCCGGCGCUGCCUUCAGGCUCCCUGACCUCUGCCUUCCUUACCACACAGGCUCCAUCUGGUCUGCUGCUCACUUCUAGUUCUCUACUCUCCAAUAUCCAUUUCUGGUCAAGCCUGAGCCCAAUGGGACCCCUCAGCCCUGCACAACUACAGAGCCAUGCCCCCCUCUUUCAGUUCCCCUCACUACUGAAUGGACACAUCCCUCUGCCUUUACCCAGCGUGGACUCUCCCUCUCCUCUGCAGCUCUCCUACAUUUCCCAUCAGUCUUGAUACCAGCUGGAGCUAGGAGAGUGAAUUGGACCUCAUCCAACGUCAGCCAUCAAACAUCAGCCUGAGAUGCACUUCCCUCACUGAUGAUACACAAGCUUUACCUGGAAGCUUUUCUCCCUCACAAGAGUAUUUGUGUUAGACAUUUCAUUGUGUGCAGUGUGUACACUACAUUUUCUUUUUUUUUUCAUGCAAAGACAUUUACCAGAGGUCAGACCUCAUCUAAUUGUAUACCUCAUCUCAUUGUACUUGCUUUGAACUUCAGUGAUACAGACUGGUUGCAAUUGAACCAGUUAACCCUAUGUAUCCCCAUGCCCUGCCUAAUAUCAAUAUCCUCACCAAUGCCCUAAAGAAAAGAAAGAUAGGUGGACCUUUAUUGAUUCAACUCAGUUUUCCACUCUGUUUUUUAUACACGCACAUGCAUUUUCUGUUAUACAGUUACAUACAAAUACACACAGUUAUAUUUGUCAAGUCCCUACGGACUGAACCACUGCCGCCCAACAGAGGUCGAAGGGAUCUAUAUAAUCUACAGACCCUAGUACAUCUUCCUAGGAAAAUUAAUGGAUUUCAUGUUUUCCUUAUCAUUUAUUGUUUGAUGCCACUGUGGUCAACAGUUUGAAGGCUUAAUAUGAAGUGACAGCCAGGUUUGGAUAGAUAUGCUUAGCAAAGGAAAGGGCACAGAACAGGAAAUAGUCUGGUUUAUUCAGUCCAAAUGUUGCAAAAUCUAAAGACAGCAGCCUAAAAUUAACUAAUUAACAUCUACAGUGGAGGAAAUAAGUAUUUGAUCCACUGCAGAUUUUAUAAGUUUACACUUAGUCUGUAAUUUAAAGGUAGGUUUAUAUAAACAGUGAGAGUAAGGAUAUCAAAAGGAAUAUCCAGAAAUGUACAUUAUAUAAAAGAUAAAAAUUGAUUUGCAUUUAACUGUGGGAAAUAAGUAUUUGAUCCCCUUGCAGAACAUGUGUUAGUACUUGGUGGAGA